AUGCCGGGUGAGAGACAGAGGGCCAAGUACGAUCGAACCGGUUGGUACGAUAGAACGGUGUCAUUCCCGAAUCUCCUUCCACCGAAGAGCCAGUACAGCUUGGGAUCUUCGUACGCGAACAGUUCGUUUGGUUCAUUGAGAGGAACGACGUCGAGAACGUUUAACAUGGGUCUCGUUUGCGCGAGAAAUUUCACCACCGCGUCGAGGGAACCCGUAAGAAUCGUUUCCUUGUCGAAAGAGUUGACUAAAUACCUGAGCCAGCAGCAGAGAUUUUUUCGAAACACCGUGACCAUGAUGAAUCGCGACUGCGGGGAUAAACCCUCGAAACCCCCGCCAUGUGAUUCCGGUGCAUCCAAGUUCGCACCGGAUUCGCCGAAGAGCGGUCAGAACCAACAAAGAGGAUCGUGCAGACAACCCUACGAACGACGAAAACCGUGCCCUUCGCUAGAGAAGUGCGUCCCACCCAGUCCGCCUUGCUGUCGUCCACGGCCCAAGAAUCCUAAGUGCGCGCAGCUGGCCCAAACGUGUCCACCACCUUGCCCUUUACCGUGUCCCAAACCACCGGAGAAGCCUCCGCCACCGAAGAUAUGCUACCGAAAGUGUCCUCCGCCACCGAAGCUACCGAAACUUCCAAAAUGUCGGAAGAUCCCUGCGCCGCCACCUCCUCCACCGCCACCUCCGUUGCCAAAGCUUCCGAAGUGCCCUCCGCCAUGCCCACCGCCUAUUCCGCCACCUCUGCCUACGUGCCCUAGAACUCCGAAGUGUCCCGAAUGCCCACCGCAAAAAGAAUGCCCACCCCCGCCGCCUUGCGAGCCCUGUCCAUGUCCGCUUCCAUGUCCGCCACCUUGCUGCCCGCCACCACCGCCUUGUCCGCCGUGUCCACCACCGAUUCCAUGCCCUAGACCGUUACCGUGUCCGCCACCGCCCCCGCCAGCAGUCUGUCCGCCUUGUCCGCCGUGUCCAGAACAUCCAAAGCCUCCACCGUGUCCACCGCCGCCUCCUUGCUGCCCUUGCCCGUGUCCCGAGCCGCCUCCGCCACCUCCGUGCCCAAAACCUUGCCCACCUUGCCCUCGAUACGAGCAAGCAACCUGCCCCAAGGAUGUUCCGUCUUGCCCUAAAUGUAAUAACAGCGGAAAAGGAACGAAGAAAAGAAGAAUGUCCACGUAUUGCGGAUCUCCUCUUCGGCUCCUUCCGCUCGGAGACGUUCGUCGCAGAAAGCUACACAUUAGCUGCGUAUUCCUGGGAAAGCCACCUAAGUCCAACAACACUUCAAAGUGUAAAUCCAUGGAUGAUCUGUGCAAAACCAAGACGAAGGGUUCGUGCGUCAAGUCUUGCGAAAAGAAAAGCGAUUGCGACACGAAGAGACCCGUAUGCGAGGAUCAGAUGAAAAAAGACACGAAGAAAAAGAAGAAGACGAAGAAAAAGAAGGAAGUGUGUCCAGACAUUUGUAUUCCAAGGGGAAAAUGCGAACUCCCUCAUGUCGCUCCUCCGCCGAAGAUGCAGUAUGGCGUGGUGAAGUGUCCUGAUCCGAAGUUCGCUACGCCUACACCCUGUCCAGACAUGCUCGAAUCGACACGCGAAGACGAGCCGUGUGAACAAGUCGAUUCUUUUAAAAAACAGAAGAAGGAAGUUUGUGUCCCGCCGCCUCUGCCGAAACCACCGACCGAGCCGGUGGUACUCUGUCCCUGUCCACCGCCGCCAAAAAUGCAUCCUGGUCCUUGUCCUUGUCACGAGGUGAAGCAAGAACCACCGCAAAAGAUCACGAUGCCACCAUGUCCCGGGAAGGAGAAGUAUGUCUGUCCCAGACAACCGCAUUACUGCCCGCAAGAGAAGCAGAUCUGCCGGAUGGAUAAGGCUUGCGAUCCUAGCAAGAGAAAAAACAAGAAGAAGAAGAAGUAACCCUCCUCGCGACGAUGACAUUUUCUCUUCUAAAGUCACGUCGUUUCCUCUGCGUACCAGGUUAAAUUGCAUUUACACGUCGGAGAUUUGCUUGGGAAUAGCUGCUCGAAGAGGUCUUGAAGCUUGAUUUGCUCGCGAGAACAUGCUGCGUAUUAUUCAUACGACCUUUAGUCUCA